GUGCUCCACAAAUGUCCUCCUCCCCUACAGCUACAAGAUUUCCUAACACACGCCACGUCCUCUCUGUCGCUGCUCCGCACUUUCUCCAGUGGAAACCCUCAAAGCGAGAAUUCAGUCCAUGAAUUGUUGAGUGAGGAAUCUCCAUCAACAAACACAGUUGAUUCGGAAAGCCUGAAGUUCAAGCUUCAAUUCCACAGAAGAGGUUAGCGAUGGAGGAUGGCGGAACUGCUAGCAAUGUGGCUGCUGCCAUUUCCGCUGCUCUCGACUGGAACUCUUCUCCCGAUUCCCGUAAAGCUGCCUACGAUUACAUCGAAUCAGUCAAAGCAGGCGAUGUACGUGUCGUGGCAAGUACAUUAUUUCUUUUGGUGAGGAAAGACUGGUCUUCCACGAUUCGACUGCAAGCGUUUAAGAUGCUCCAGAAUCUUGUGCGGUUACGAUGGAAUGAAUUCAACCCCACUGAGCGAAGGAAUUUUGCAAAUAUGUCUGUGGAUCUAAUGUCAGACAUUGCAAAUCCUUGUGAAGAGUGGGCCGUGAAAAGCCAAACUGCUGCCCUUGUUGCUGAGAUAUUAAGAAGGGAAGGCUUAAUUUUAUGGAGGGAGCUCUUUCCAUCACUACUAUCUUUUUCAAACAAGGGUCCUGUACAAGCAGAGUUGGUUUCAAUGAUGCUAAGGUGGCUUCCAGAAGAUAUUACUAUUCACAAUGAAGAUUUGGAAGGUGAUAGGCGGCGAGAGUUGCUUCGGGGACUUACAGAAUCUUUGCCUGAGAUUUUUCCCUUAUUGUACACUUUACUAGAAAGACACUUUGGAGCUGCACUAGCUGAAGUGGCAAGACAACAGUUAGACAUUGCAAAAUUGCAUGCAGCAACAGUAACAGCUACCUUAAAUGCUGUAAACUCGUAUGCUGAAUGGACUCCCUUGCCUGAUUUGGAAAAGAAUAGAAUAAUUUAUGGCUGUGGUUGCUUACUUUCUUCUCCUGACUUUCGUCUUCAUGCAAGUGAGUUUUUCAAGCUUGUGUCCUCAAGGAAAAGACCUAGUGAUGCUGGAUCUGAGUUUGACAAUGCAAUAUGCCAAAUUUUUCAAAUUUUGAUGAGCAUCUCAAGUGAUUUGCUGCAGAAAUAUGGCACUGAUGCCGUGAUGGAUGAGAAUGAAGCUGAAUUCGCUGAAUGCAUCUGUGAAAGUAUGGUAUCAUUAGGCUCUUCAAACUUACAAUAUAUCAGUGAUAACACGACUGCUAUAUCAUCGUACCUUCAACAGAUGCUUGGAUUUUUUCAACACUAUAAGCUUGGACUGCAUUAUCAGUCUCUUCUCUUUUGGCAAGCAUUUAUGAGAGAUUUGAUUUCCAAGCCAAAGAUUGCAUCUGGUGAAAGCUCUGUUAACAGCGCGGGGGCAGAGCAUUCUGACACGGAAAAGAGAAAAACUUCUGUUUUUGUUAGUGAUGAAAUGUGUAGCUCUAUAUUGGAUAUAUCUUUCCAACGGUUGCUGAAGAAGGAAAAAAUCCAUCCAGAAACUUCAGUUACUUUUAGGAAGUUAGAGUUAUGGAAUGAUGAUUUUGAGGGGAAAGGAGAUUUCAACACAUAUCGUUCUAGGCUGCAAGAGUUGAUUCGUUUUGUUGCCACUGAAAAGCCUGUUAUAGCUGCCACACUGGUUUCUCAGAAAAUACUGACAGUUAUUAAAACAAUGCUGCUUAUCUCCAAGCCUACACAGGAAAUCCCUUUUCUUGAAAGCAUGCGAUUGGCUCUAGAAAGUGUUGUAAAUGCAGUUUUUGACGGACAAAAUGAAUUUGGGAGAAGAAACUCAGAAGUUCAAAUUUCAUCAUGCAGAACAUUUGAAGGUCUACUUCAACAACUUCUUUCUUUGAAAUGGGCUGAACCAGUGCUUGUCGAAGCCACUGGGCACUAUUUAGAUGCAAUGGGACCCUUUUUGAAAUACUAUCCAGAUGCAGUUGGGAGUGUCAUAAAUAAGCUGUUUGAGCUUCUUACCUCUCUGCCUGUUUUGAAGGAACCUGCUACAAAUAGCGCAAGGCAUGCAAGAUUGCAAAUAUGUACAUCUUUUAUUCGAAUAGCCAGAGCAGCAGAUCAGAGCAUUCUGCCUCACAUGAAGGGGAUUGCCGACACAAUGUCAUUACUACAGAAUGAAGGUCGUUUACUCCGUGGGGAGCAUAAUCUUCUCGGAGAAGCAUUUCUUAUCAUGGGAUCUUCUGCUGGGGUGGAACAGCAGCGACAAGUCUUGGCCUGGCUGCUUGAGCCACUAAGCAAUCAGUGGACACAGACUGAAUGGCAAGAUGCAUAUCUUUCUGACCCAGUGGGCUUCAUUCGGCUGUGUGCAGACACACAGACCAUGUGGUCUGUUUUCCACACAGUUACAUUUUUUGAAAAGGCUCUAAAAAGAAGCGGUAUUCGAAAAGGGAAUACAAAUUCACAAAGCUUGCAAUCAGAUUCCUUGCACCCAAUCGCUUCUCAUCUUUCAUGGAUGCUGCCUCCUCUUCUUAAGCUGCUUCGCGCUAUGCAUUCUCUCUGGUCUCCAUCUGUGAUGCAAACACUACCUGGAGAAGUAAAAGCUGCAAUGAUUAUGAGUGACACUGAUAGAGGCAGCCUUCUUUAUGGAAUGAACAUUAAACUGCCAAAUGGGGCAUCAAGUUCUGCUGACGGAUCUCCUUUUGAAAUGAAGAGUGAUGGUCACUCAGAGCCAAAUGAAACUAAUGCACGUAAUUGGCUGAAGGGAAUAAGGGACAGCGGGUAUAACGUGGUGGGUUUGUCAGCAACCAUCGGUGACUCCUUUUUCAGAGGCCUAGACUCUCAGUUUGUUGCUUUAGCCUUGAUGGAAAACAUACAGUCUAUGGAGUUCAGGCAUAUAAGACCUCUUGUUCAUUUAGCUUUGAUUCCCCUUGUUAAAAGCUGCCCUCCAGAUCUUUGGGAGGCAUGGCUUGUAAGACUAUUGCAUCCCUUGCUUCUUCACUCUCAACAGGCUCUUAGCUGUUCAUGGUCUAGCCUGUUACAGGAAGGACGAGCAAAAGUUCCCGAUCUUCUUGGGAUACUUGCAGGUUCAGACUUAAAAGUUGAAGUAAUGGAAGAAAAGCUGCUUCGAGAUUUCACGCGAGAAAUUUGUUCAUUGCUUUCGGUUGUUGCUUCACCAACUCUGAAUUCUGGACUUCCUUCGUUAGAUCAUUAUGGUCAUGCCAACCGGGUGGAUGAAUCUGCUGUUAAAGAAUUGGAUGCUUUUGCACCAAGCUCUAUGGUUGGCUUUCUGUUGAAACACAAGAGUGUGACAGUCCCAGCAUUGCAAAUCAGUUUAGAGGCUUUUAGAUGGACUGAUGGUGAAUCUGUGGCUAAACUUUCCAUAUUCUGUGGCGCUAUAAUUGUGUUAGCCAUCUUAACAAAUAACACGGAACUGAGAGAUUUCGUGUGUAAGGACCUGUUUUCUGCACUUAUUGAAGGGUUAACACUGGAAUCAAAUGCCUUUAUAAGUGCAGAUUUAGUUGGUCAUUGCCGUGAAAUCUUUGUUCAUCUUGCUGAUAAACAUCCGGCACCUAGGCAGAUUAUACUCUCUCUUCCUCAGAGCACAUCCCAAGAUCUCCUUGCCUUUGAAGAAGCAUUGUCAAAGACCAAUAGUCCCAAGGAACAGAAACAACACAUGAAAAGCUUGCUGUUAUUGGCGACAGGAAACAGGUUAAAAGCACUUGUUGCCCAGAAAACUGUUAGUGUCAUCACAAAUGUAUCAGCAAAGCCUCGCAACACAACUCCCACCCAAGAAUCCAAAGGCGACGGAGGAGAAGCCAUUGGCUUGGCUGCAAUUAUGUAAUAUAGGACUGGACUUAAACUGACAUCGGCCGAUUUCUGUACAGAUGCAAAAAAGUUGUAGUUUUUGGACAUCCAUUCAGACUCCCAAUCUGAUACUAACGAAAGUGGACCCCGAAAUGUUCUCCCCGUCUGAAUUUAGUUGUCCACUUUCUUGUUCUCAUUUGUCCGGAAAUAGUUGUCUGCUUUCCAUAUUUAGUAAAAAAAGUUAUGGUGAUGAAUUAUCCAAGAUAUGGUAGAAAUAGAAUAUGAGUUUUUUUUAUUUUGACUUCUUGAACUCAUUUCUUAAAAAUGAAAUCUUAUAGAAAGUGGACGAUUAAUUUUGGAUAAAGGGAGUAUUAUUUUUCAUUCCACCGCGUCGUUGUUGGUCUCAACUUGUCCCGU